AUGGGGGUACCUGUAAGAACAUUGGCUGCCGUUUCGGUGGCAUGGCUUGUCCUCUUCGAAGUCGCUCUCGUCACCGUUGAUGCGAAUUUCGAUUACAAAGACGCUCUCACCAAGUCCCUCAUAUUCCUGGAGGCUCAGAGGUCCGGAAAGCUCCCUCCAAAUCACAGGCCCUCUUGGAGAGGAGAUUCUGCACUUGAUGAUGGAAAAGAGGCAAAUGUGGACCUUGUUGGAGGGUAUUACGAUGCCGGUGACAACAUAAAAUUCGGACUGCCCAUGGCAUUUACAGUCACCACCCUGUCUUGGGCUGCUAUAUUUUAUCAGAAAGAGCUUCAAGCGGCCGGGGAAUUGGAGAAUGUUCGCUCCGCCAUCAAAUGGGGCACCGAUUAUUUUCUCAAGGCCACUUCUAGGAAAAAUCGUUUGUAUGUGCAGGUUGGAGACCCAGUGCUGGAUCACGAUUGUUGGAUCAGACCAGAAAAUAUGAAAACUCCUAGGACAGUCCUGCAAAUCGACGGGAGCACUCCUGGAACAGAAAUCGCUGCUGAGACUGCGGCUGCGAUGGCUGCUUCUUCCAUAGUCUUUAGACGCUUGGACCGUACCUACGCUCGCCGCCUCCUCAAUAAAGCCAAACUGCUGUUCCAAUUUGCCAAGUCUCACAAAGGAAGCUUCGAUGGAGAAUGCCCCUUCUACUGCUCAUUCUCUGGCUACAAUGAUGAGCUGCUGUGGGCGGCAUCUUGGCUGUACAUGGCCACGAGGAGAAGUGUGUACCUCAACUACAUCAAAGAAGAGUCAAUCCCUGCCAGUGUCAAUGAAUUCAGCUGGGACCUCAAAUAUGCAGGUGCCCAGGUUCUUCUCUCAGAGCUGUACUUCCAAGGAGACCAGGACUUAGAGAACUUCAAAAACGAAGCUGACAGCUUUGUUUGCUCAAUUCUUCCCGAUAGCCCCUACCACCAGGUUUUCAUCACCCCAGGGGGCAUGCUGUACUUGAGGAGUGGGGCAAACACACAGUACGUGACCGGAACGGCUUUCUUGUUCGAUGUCUAUGCCGAAACGUUGGCCAAACACAACCAGAAGGUCGUCUGCGGCGACAAGCAGUUCGACUCCUCGCACCUCCAGGCUUUCGCCAAGCAACAGAUGGAUUACCUACUAGGGAACAACCCGCAAGGAAGAUCAUACAUGGUCGGCUUCGGCAACAAGCCCCCGACCCAGGCCCAUCACCGGGGCGCGUCCGUGCCCAAGCUGGCCCCUAACGAGGUGGUGAGCUGCCCCAUGAGCUUCGGGAAGUGGUUCAGACGGGACGUCCCCAACCCCAACGAGCUCACCGGCGCCAUCAUGGGCGGGCCCGACCGCAACGACUUCUUCGAGGACAAGCGCUGGACGUCGUCCAUGACCGAGCCCUGCACCUACGUCAACUCCCUCGCCGUCGGCCCGCUCGCGAAGCUCGCCUCGCGCCAUGCAUGA